CCAAGGCGGCACUUCCGGCGCUUCCUCCCGGCGGCGGGGUGGGCUCGGCGGAUGGUCCAGAGAGCCGCGUCGAGUGCAGACGAGGCGUCGGGUUUCGCUUCGGACGCUGCUUCUCCUGCUCAGCCAUGGUGAAAAUCAGCUUCCAGCAGCCGGCGGCGGGGCUCAAGCCCGAGAAAGAAGCGGCGGCGGCGGCAACAACAACAACAGGAGACAACUAUGGAGCCAAAGCCGAGGUCCUCUUGCCCCACGACUUGGAGGAGCAGCCCUUGCCUUUUCCAGUGGAGACCAGGAAGCCUCUUAGUCGCAUCUUCUACUGGACGAUGAUGAUGCUGUUGUUGCUCCUCGGCCUGAUUUUGACAUCGAUGUAUAUCUACAGAUACUUCUCCUAUACUUUCCCAAAUCAGUAUGGCCUGGAAGAUCAGGAGCAGGAGAUGCUCUGCCAGCUUUUCUACGUAGACGAAUUGAGGGAGCAGCUGGAGCUGCAUGAGAACGUGAGGAUUUACCUUGGCGAGAAUUAUGAGCAAAUCAGCAUCCCAAUGCCCCACUUUGGUGAAAGCGACCCUGCAGAUAUUAUCCAUGACUUUCAGAGGGGUCUGACUGCCUACCUUGACAUCAGCUUGGAUAAAUGCUAUGUCAUUGAGCUGAACACCACCACUGUCAUGCCACCUCAGAGUUUCUGGGAGCUGUUGGUUAACGUAAAGAAAGGGGCAUACCUGCCACAAACCUACAUGAUCCAGGAGGAGAUGAUAGUGACGGAGCAUGUCACUGACGUGGACCAGCUUGGCUUCUACAUUUACGCCCUGUGCAGGGACAAAGAGAUAUACAGGCUGAAGCGCAGAACUGCGAGAAGACAUAUCCACCGGCGUGCUGCUGAGACAUGUCAUCACAUCCGCCAUUUUGAAAACACUUUUGUGGUUGACACAGCCAUUUGCCAGAAGUUGUGAGAGCUGCACUCCCAAUGUAACCCUUUUGGGCUUUUCCUCUACUCAUCCACGCAGGCGUUCUUGCUCUGUCCUUGAGAGAAUGUGUCUUAAUUUACUUCUUGCUCCCAUUGCUUGCGCAUUACUAACUUCUCAGGUCACAUGUGGCCAAACACUGGGCCUUGGGUGUCUUUGUUCUGCAUUUACAUCUAACAUUCAUACUUCACUGGGCUUAAAUUUACACAGCGGCCCCAAAAUGUGAGUAUUGGGUUUCUCUUGAGAAAACUGGCACAACAAUCUCUUCUGAAAGAGCAUGAGAAAUUUGAGAAUUGGGAGGCCCUACUUCAAGUCUGUACCCAACAACAAAGUUAUCUGAGUGACGGUGAACCAGCCAUUCACUCUCAGCAUUACCAACUUCACAAUACUGUUGUGAGGAUGAAUGGGGUUGGUUUGUUGGUUAGGAGCUCCUUGGAGGAAGGUGGAUUAUAAACGUAAUAA